CAACCCAAAUCUCACUUUUACAGAGAGAUGGGUCGUCAUGAUACAUACCAAAAGCUCAUUUUCUUUUGCCUAUCUAUAUUGUUACUUCACAACAUAUUAAAGAAUGUGGAGGGCUUGGCAUGUAACUGGGGGACACAAGCGAGCCAUCCACUACCACCAAACAUAGUGGUGAAACUCCUUAGAGACAAUGGGUUCAACAAAGUUAAGCUAUUUGAAGCUGACCCUGGUGCACUCAGAGCUCUUGGUAAAUCGGGUAUUCAGGUCAUGGUCGGUAUCCCCAACGAUCUCUUGGCAACUAUGGCUUCCACUGUUACCAACGCAGAGCUCUGGGUACAGCAAAACGUCUCUCAGUACAUCUCUAGAUAUGGAACCGACAUAAGAUAUGUAGCUGUGGGGAAUGAGCCCUUCUUGAAGACUUACAAAGACAGAUUCGUCCGUUCAACAUAUCCGGCGCUGCAAAACGUUCAAGCAGCUCUGGUGAAAGCUGGUCUUGGCCGGCAAGUCAAAGUGACGGUUCCUCUUAAUGCCGACGUCUACGAAUCCGGCGACGGUCUUCCUUCUUCCGGCGAUUUCCGUUCAGACAUCAAAACCUUAAUGGUCUCCAUUGUUCGAUUUCUAGCCGAUUCCGUCUCACCCAUUACCUUCAACAUCUACCCUUUCCUCUCUCUUAACGCCGAUCCAAAUUUUCCGCGCGAAUACGCUUUUUUCCCAAACGGAGGCGGCGGCGGAGCUAAGCCCGUCGUCGACGGAUCAAUCUCUUACACGAACGUUUUCGACGCAAAUUUCGACACUUUAGUCUCGGCGCUUGAGAAAAACGGAUUUGAUCCGAACAAAAUUGAAAUCAUCGUCGGAGAAGUCGGAUGGCCAACCGACGGCGAUCAAAACGCAAAUCCGGCAAUGGCUCAGAGAUUCAAUCAAGGAUUAUUGAAUCGUAUCCUUCAAGGACAAGGAACGCCUCGUCGGAGAACGGCGCCGGAAGUUUACUUAUUCUCAUUAGUAGACGAAGAUGCCAAGAGCAUUGAUCCCGGAAAAUUCGAACGACAUUGGGGAAUAUUCUCUUAUGACGGCGCCGUUAAGUAUCCUCUAAGUCUCGGUAACGGCCGUCCGUUGGUUCCGGCUAAAGGUGUUCGUUACUUGGCACGUGAGUGGUGCGUGCUCUCCACUCAAGGUGCGGGGAGCGGCGCGUGGCAGGCGUCUGCUACGUACGCGUGUCAAAACGCCGACUGUACCUCGCUCGGGCCGGGUUCCUCUUGCGCUGCCUUAGACCCGACCGCGAACGCUUCUUAUGCGUUCAACAUGUAUUUUCAAAAAAUGGAUCAUCGUAGUGGCUCAUGCGAUUUUAACAAUCUUGGGGUUCUUACUAAGAUUGAUCCGUCGAGUGGCUCGUGUAGGUUUCCUAUCGAAAUCGACACGAGCAGGCAGCAGAUGUUGAAGCCGCCACCAAGGAAUUCCGGUGCAUCCGAAGCAAAAUGAAAUUUGCCAUUUGCUUACCAAAAUGAAUUGCAAAGGCAUUGUAGCUCCACAAAGUACACUUCACUUUGUGUCCAAAACUUACGAGAGUUUCGACAUGGAUCUCUUGACGGUCUCGACUUUGUGUCUUUUCUUGUUAACAAGACUAUCUUUGACUCCAAUCUGCUAAUUCCUCCUCUCUCCUCUUCGAUGGGUUCCUCCGAACUAGUUUCUCUGGAAGAUUCCACUUAUACUUUGCCUUCACCUUCGGUCUCAGAUUCUUGUGAACGGCUCAUGAAAAUGUCCACAAGACGACUUAAGCAAGCCAUGGAAGCUCUCAAUGGCUCAUCGAGAAAACGUCACACCAAACACGACGUCCAAACAUGGCUCUCCGCCGCCAUAACUUUCCAACAAGCUUGCAAAGAUUCCAUCCUUGACUACCGUGAAACCUCCCCCUCCGCUGCCAUCAGCCACAUAACACAGAAGAUGGAUCACCUCUCCCGGCUCGUCAGCAACUCCUUGGCCCUUGUCGACACAAUCAUGCAGAAUCCAAAGCCAAAGACAAAGUCAACCGGUCUUCCCCGAUGGGUCACUGCCGGAGAAAGGAGACUUCUAGCAGGUAGAGCAAGAGCACACGUGGUAGUCGCCAAAGACGGAUCCGGAGAUUACCGGACCGUGAUGGAGGCUGUCACGGCUGCCCACGCAAACGGCAGGUUCAUAAUUUACGUGAAAAGAGGGGUUUACAAAGAGAAAGUAAGAAUCCAUAACCAUGAGAUUACUUUGAUCGGAGAAGGCAAAGACCAGACGGUGAUUGUUGGCGAUGAUAGUGCCACCGGAGGAACUUCUGUCCCGGACACCGCUACAAUGACGGUUACGGGUGACGGAUUCAUCGCACGAGAUAUCGGAAUCAAAAACACUGCAGGGCCUGGAGGACAUCAAGCCAUAGCAUUAAGUAUCACAUCAGACCAAUCAGUGUUAUACCGAUGUAGCAUCUCCGGUUAUCAAGACACACUUUACGCAGCUGCAUUGCGUCAGUUCUAUAGAGAAUGUGAUAUAUAUGGAACCAUAGAUUUCAUAUUUGGAAACGCAGCUGCGGUUUUUCAAAGCUGCAACAUAUUCUUGCGUCGCCCUCAUGGUGUCAAGGCCUAUAAUGUUAUUCUCGCUAACGGGAGGACGGACCAACGUCAAAAUACCGGAUUUGCACUUCAUAGUUGUAGGAUCCGAACCGAUUCAGAUCUUUCGCCGGUGAAACAUAAGUAUAGCUCAUACUUAGGACGGCCGUGGAGAAAGUAUUCGAGGUCUAUAGUGAUGGAAUCGUAUAUUGACGACGCGAUCGCAGAGGAAGGAUGGGCCGGGUGGUUAGACUCCGGAGACGAAGUACUAAAGACAUUGUACUUUGGAGAGUUUAAGAAUUAUGGUCCUAAAGCUAGAGUUUCCAAGAGAGUGACGUGGGAGGGGUUUCACUUGAUUGGGUUUGAAGAUGCAAGUUAUUUUAGCGUUGGUAAAUUUCUUGAUGGAGUUUCUUGGUUGCCCUCUACGGGAGUUAGUUUCACUUCUGGGAUUUAGUGAAAAAAGUAAAGUAAAGAAAAGGAGAAGACGUCA